AUGUAACAAAGCCCCGCAAGGAGAGAGAGAGAGAGAGAGAGAGAGAGAGAGAGGAGAAGGGGAUCUGCUGGAGGAGAGAUGACGGGUAGCAUUCCCUCGGAACUGAGCAAGUCUUGGAGGGCUAGAAGAGAAUCCUUGCUGAUCCCAUCUCCUGCUGAGAAACCACGACUUAGUUUUGAGCAACAGAGGGCUUUCAACACUAAGCAAUGCACAGAGGAGGGGGUUUGGGCAGGACUGAAGGCAGCAGCGAUUGCUGGUGCGGCUAGCGCCGUUCCAACGCUGGUUGGUGUUCGUGUCAUUCCAUGGGCAAAGGCGAAUCUCAAUUACACGGCACAGGCUUUAAUUAUAUCUUCAGCCGCAAUUGCUGCCUACUUCAUCGUUGCUGACAAGACGAUCCUAGAGUGUGCAAGGAGAAAUACUCAGGCAAAUUUUGACAAGUUGAAGUAAGAGUAUGAUUCUGUGAUUUCUGGCCACUCCAUGCACUUGGCUUUCUCUGCUUCGGCUGUUGAUGAUUUUCCCCACAGUAGUUGUUCUAUGAUGUUGAUUCCCACUGUCAUUGAGCAGAGCUCCAAAGAUUUCAGUUUGUUGCUUAAGCUGCCUUGUCUUACUUUAAGAUCUCAUGUAUCAGAGCUGAAGUUGAACAUCUUCUUCUCAUCUCCGAUAUGUUUAAUUCUGAAAUAUGAAAACCAGUAAUUCCCACCA